UUCAGGAGGAGGCACGGGCAGGCCAUCCAUCACGUUGCCCCAUAUUCUAUUGGGCGACUGUGUACCUUCCUCCCUUAGCUUUUCCCUCUCUUCUUUCGCAACGCUCUCUAUCUCUCUUCUCUCUCUAUCAGCAGCAGCCAUAGCAGCCGCGUUGCCGUGUUGGUUUGGUGCCUCUGUCACUCGCGGUGUGGAAAGCAAGUCGUCGAUAGAGAGAGAGACAGAGAGAGGGAGAAGCGAGGAGAGAGGCAGGCAGGCAAUAAAUGGCAGUUUUGGUGCGCACAGGCUGAUGGCGGCGUGGCAGGUCCUCUCUGUCGCCUCACCGUCUUAGCCCCGCCCCCGCGCCACAUACCACACCGCUCCGAGCACGCAGAUUUUAAUCCGUCGCAGAACGCCUGAGCACGCCGCCCAGAGCACAGACUACGAGCCGGCUGUAGAUAGCGAGAGAUCAGGCAGGCGCGGCUUGAAGUUCAGCUAGCCGGGCACGGCGCACGGCACGGCGGCCUAUGGAUUUGGGCGCAUGGCGGGGUUCCCUCUAGGUGGAGGAGGCCACAGCCGCGACCCCCCAGCGACGUCCGUCCCGCCGGUGCACCCCUCCGACGCCGAGUCCUUCCUCUACGCCACGCGCGCAGGGGGCAGCCUACAGCUAUGGCAGCAGCACGAGCAGCAACAGCACCCGUUCUACUCCUCCAACAUCAUCCGCUUCUCCGAUGACCCGCCCGGCGCAGCGGUGUCGUUCGCGGGCGCCGCGUCGUCGUCGUCGUCCCGAGGCACGAGGGCCGGCGGGGGAGGCAGCGGCGGCGUCAGCUGCCAGGACUGCGGCAACCAGGCCAAGAAAGACUGCGCUCACCAGCGCUGCCGUACCUGCUGCAAGAGCCGCGGCUUCACCUGCAACACCCACGUCAAAUCCACCUGGGUCCCUGCCGCCAAGCGCCGCGAGCGCCAGCAGCAGCUCGGCGCGCUCGCGGCCUCCGCCGCCGCCACUACCGCGGGCGCCGGCCCAUCGCGCGACCUCACCAAGCGACCGCGCGCACGUCUCUCCGUUGCUACCCCCACCUCUUCGGGGGAUCAGCAGAUGGUGACGGUGGCGGAGAGGUUCCCGCGGGAGGUGAGCUCGGAGGCGGUGUUCCGCUGCGUGCGGCUGGGGCCAGUCGACCAGGCCGAGGCGGAGGUCGCGUACCAGACCACCGUCAGCAUCGGCGGACACGUGUUCAAGGGAAUCCUGCACGACGUCGGCCCUCACAGCUUGGCUGCCGCAGGCGGCAGCGGCGGCACAAUCGAGUACCACUUCCGCCACGCCGGGGACGGGUCAUCGCCGAGCACGGCCGCCGCGAGCGAAGCAGGCGGUGGCGGUGGCGUGGGCAAUGUCAUCGUGUCAUCGGCUGUGGUGAUGGACCCGUACCCAACGCCCGGACCCUACGGCGCGUACCCGGCCGGCGCGCCGUUCUUUCACGGCCACCCGAGGCAGUGACCGCUGUCUGACUUGCCGGUCGUCAUGCUGUAACGACACCAUGCCUCCAUCGCUCGCUCGAUCUGUCAAUUUCGUUAGCUUCCUAAACUCUUAGCGUCUGAUUGAGAUGCAUAAAUUGAUGUUUCUUCUAGAGCCUAGCUUAGCUUAGGCACCUUAGACCUGUUGCUUCUUGGAGUCAUUUGAGGUGAGUAGCAAUAUACUCAGCCGCCGCAAAUGGUUAAAAUCUGACAGUUAGGACCUUGAUGAUGCAUUUGAGAUGAUUUCUUGCACUGUUCUUGCUCCUUGUUCAUGCUGAUAUCAUGGUGUUGGUAAUUCUUGUUAUUUGUGUGGUAUUGUUUAGUAUUAUAAGGCCAAGUUUUCUUUGCUUUCGCCAUGUAGCUUCUAUAUGUCUGUCUUCCAUAAGGUGCGACCCCUUGCUUUACUACUAGUAACUUUGCUCUUCAAAAGCUGAGCCCUAGAAACCUAGUUGGCUACUUGGCUUUACUUGGUAGCUGGUGGAUCUUUGAUAUCGUGUCGCGUUAACUAUUGCCUGUGCUUAGAUGAUAGAGGGUUGGGUCAUCAAGUGCUCAUGGGAGAGAGAUUAAUCAUCCGAUGAUUGGAAGCUGUGACCGAUCGAGCCAUGCGCCGAUCCCUUGCUUGAUUCAGGGUGUUUUUUUUAUGUUUCCGAGUGUAGCAACUGCGAAAAGAUCUGGAGACGAGGGCUCGUACAUUCUCGUGCUCUUCAUCUCUGACAUGAGCUUGUUUCCUCGUUGAUCCCAU